AUGGAUAAUAAUAAAAUAAUUCUAAAAUGGAAUAAACAAGAAUUAAUAUUUGAUCUUCAAUCAACACAAACAUUAAGUGAAUUAAAAAGUUUAAUUUAUGAACAAACACAUAUUUUACCAGAUCGACAAAAAUUAAUGGGUUUAAAAUUAAAAACAUCAGGUGUUAUAACAAAUACAACAACAAUAGAUGAAUUAAAUCUUUCAUCAAAAAUUAUGUUAAUGGGUACACCAGAAGAAUCAAUAACUGAAUUAAAUUUAUUAAAACCAGUUCAACCUGAUUUAUCAGAAGGACAAGAAGAAGAACAACAAGAUACAACAUGGAUUGAAGAUCCUGAUACAAUACCAUUAGAUAAACGUGAAGAAGUACGAAUUAAAUUAGAACGUCGAAUAAAUACAUAUCAAGGAAAAAUUUUAAAUGAACCACGACCAGGAAAAAAAUUACUUGUAUUAGAUAUUGAUUAUACAUUAUUUGAUCAUCGUAGUGCUGCUGAAACAGGUGCAGAAUUAAUGAGACCAUAUUUACAUGAAUUUUUAACAACUAUUUAUGAACAUUAUGAUAUUGGUAUAUGGUCAGCUACAUCUAUGAAAUGGAUUGAAUCAAAAAUGAAAUUACUUGGUAUUGAAGCUAUUUCACAAGGUCGAACAACAGAUACAACAUUUAAUUAUAAAAUUAUUUUUUAUAUGGAUUCUGGUGCAAUGAUAUCUGUUUAUACAAAAGAAUUUGGUCUACAAGAUGUUAAACCAUUACCUGUUAUAUGGGAAAAAUAUCCAACACUUUAUUCAGAAAAAAAUACAAUUAUGUUUGAUGAUGUAUCAAGAAAUUUUUUAUUAAAUCCAUUAAAUGGUUUAAAAAUUCGUCCAUUUAAACGUGCACAUUUUACACGUACAACUGAUAGAGAGUUAUUUAAUUUAACACAAUAUUUAAUGAUGAUAGCACAAUAUGAUGAUAUAAGUAAACUUGAUCAUCGACGUUGGGAACAAAUGAUUGAACGACAACAAUUUAUUGAACGACGAAAAAAAUAA